AUGUCCAACACAACUAGAGUGAAUAAAUUUCUCCUUCUUGGGUUUUCUGAAAUGCGAGAGCUUCAGAUUAUACACAGUGUAAUUUUUCUUACCAUUUAUUCAGCAGUUCUGGUAGGGAAUAGUCUUAUCAUUAUUGUCAUAGGUUUUGAAUGCCACCUCCACAAACCCAUGUAUUUCUUUCUGAUGAAUUUAUCUCUCGCAGACAUAGGAUUUGUUUCUGUCACUAUUCCUAGAUCAUUGUUCAAUUCACUUUUCAAUACACGAUGGAUUUCUUAUUCCGAAUGUGUCAGCCAAGUAUUUUUCCUGAUCUUCUUCAUGACAAGUGAUUUUGCUUUCCUCACUGUGAUGUCAUAUGAUCGGUAUGUUGCCAUCUGCAAUCCAUUAUACUAUGAUGCUGUGAUGAGUAAGGAGGCAUGUAUCCACAUGGCUGCCAUUUCAUGGAUUGUUGCCCUUUUGUAUGCAUUGUUGCACACUGUUGGCACUUUUACCAUGACUUUCUGUUCAAAAGUUGUUGAUCAAUUUUUCUGUGAAAUCCCACAGUUACUUAAGAUAUCUUGUUCUGAUAAUUAUGUUAUUGAAACUGUGGUCCACCUCAUUGGUGCAUGUUUAUCAUUCAUAAGCUUUUUUUUCAUAAUCUUUUCAUAUGUACAAAUCUUCAGAGCAGUGAUAAGAAUCCCCUCUAUGCAAGGGAGGAAGAAAACCAUCUCUACUUGUUCACCACAUUUCCUUGCAGUCUCCUUAUUUCUUUUUACAACUUCAUUUGCCUAUCUGAAGCCCUUCUCAAACUCAUCAAGCAGUCUUAACUUGGUAUUUUCUGCAACCUAUUCUCUGGUUCCUCCACUGAUGAAUCCAAUCAUCUACAGCUUGAGGAACAAACAGAUCAAAACAGCACUGAGGAAAUAUCUUCCCUUUUAUAAGACAACUUUUCAUCUCCACUAA